AUGGCGGACGGCUUUAGUCUUUUGAACCUUGAUGUUAUUCAGAAGCAGUACUUGCAAAUGGCUCCGUUGAAAUUAUUUCUUUGGAAAGCACUUGAGCAGGCAAGUCUCGACUUGGAAAAACAGAGAAAAAUCCUAUGCAUGACUUAUUUCUUCACUGCAGAAUCGUCGUAUGCUCCUUCGGUAUCGUACCAAAGACUGUUUCUGAAACGCAUGCUGAAGUUAUGUGAGGACAGGUGUAUCAAGAUCGCGGAUGAACUCUAUGAAGCAUACGGAGAUGUGUGUGGUAAAGCAGAACACCUGGAUAACAAGUGCUUUAAAACAUAUGUACUGCCAUGUGGGGCCUUGUUAACCCUUGAAGAAACUCAACAGUUUAUCUCUAAAGGAACAACAGGACUUAGCACCUGGAUGGCAGGAGAAUACCUUGCUGAGUGGGCACUAGAAAACCCUUCCCUAUUUCAAGACAGAUCCAUCAUAGAGCUGGGCUGUGGUACUGGACUUACAGGACUUUCUAUUUGCUCCAUGAGUUCACCAAGCCAGUACAUAUUCAGUGACUGUCAUAAUGAAGUGUUCAAAGCACUUCAAAGCAACCUUGAACUGAAUGGAUUUGUCAUAAGCCAGGCAGACAGUGAAUUACCAUAUUUAAAUAACAAAAGGACUUGUGAGUCUCACACAGAGAGUGACAUGCAUAAACAUUGGAAAGGAUUGGCUCUCAGGAAUCAAGAUAAUCAUGGCUACUCACAUCACAGAGAUAUAACUUCUCAGCAAGACUCUGGAGUGACAACCAGCAAGACACCUGAUAUGGAAAUAACUUUACACAAGUUUGACAAAACACCACAGUGUAUGGCAUGUUUAUCAGACUAUUCUGAAAGUGAAGAUAUUCAUGACCUGUCAAGUUGUGCGUCAGAUUUCAUUGCUUGCUAUUCAAGACAUCCUUCAAGUCAGAUAAGGCACUUAAUUGAAGACUGUGCCAAUCAUUCUUGGGACACUCAAGUUGACAUUUGUAAAUUAGACUGGACAACUUUAAAGAAGAGUGAUUUGAGGAGAUUUUCAACUGGGAUUAUUUUAGCUGCUGAUGUUAUUUAUGAUAGUGAGUUGACCCCAGCAUUAGUGAGAACUUUGCAUCUACUCUUAAGUACUGGUGGCGAUAAAAGGGGGAAACCUGUUGCUUUCAUUGCUUCAACCAUCAGGAAUCUGCAAACAUAUGAAUUGUUUCUUAAUUGCCUUUAUGAACACGAUAUUUCCUGCAGUGAAGUAACCAAGCCAGCAAAUCAAGUUUUUUAUUAUGAUCAGAGUUGUGAAAUUAAAAUUAUCAAGCUUGAAGUCUAAUUUAA